AUGCUGUCUCGUGCUUGCACUGUCGUCCUCUCAGACUUUCUUGCUCCAGGACUCCUCCAGCGCACGGCCGGCUCAAAAUCAAUAUUCCAUGUGAAGCGACUGCAGCAUGGACUGGCACCACUGUCUUCCCCGGAGCGACCACACAAGCCGAUUCCGUUAACCCAACGCACUCCGAAGGAUCGCGACCGAGCGGACCCAUCCCUAGACAUAUUCAACACAACCACAACUCGGAUACAUCAAGCAGUCCAAUCUCAUAAUAUUGAAAUAAUAUGGGACUACUGGCAAUAUUUGGAGCAGCGCCGACUCUUGCGACUCCUGGGACAUGUCCAGCUGAAGCGGAUAUCUACCCUGCUCGUUGAUUCAUUCUGCCCAGUCGGUUUCCCCAAGAAGGAGUGGUCUGAGCUAGAAAGAACGGUGGUGGAGAAGAUAGCUCUGGUUGCAGCCGCUCAUAAAGCCCCCGACGCGUUAAAUUCCUGCAUGCUUGCUCUCAUCCAGCGCAAUGACCCGGACGCCGUGCUCCGGUUGUAUGAGCGGUUCAUGCAGCUGGUGGCAAAAUCCGAGGGCGCAGAAGACGUAUCAGGCGACGGACUCGAAGAAGGGGAGGGGAGUACAGAGUAUGAUGCUUUGGCGUCGGCGACAUAUUCCAGCGUCGAUACCAUGCCUUAUAAACCAGGACGCGCGACCGUCCUAUUAUCUGGAAUCACGGCCUGCGCCAUGAAGGACGAUUUCCUGGGUGCGUUGCACAUGUGUCUCAACACCGUCAUACGUCCCCAACACUAUGCCAUCACUGCAUUUAUGAACAAGCUGAAGGGGAAUCGGCCUCUGCAGCGGAAGGUAGAAGAGUAUGUGAACCGUCUCCGGAGCGCGACCAUGGUAUCCCAUCCAACAGAACUCUCGAAGCGAGUCAAUCAGCUUGCUACCUCCAGGUCUAUCCGCUCUAUUGAAAAGCUCUACCGGAGCAUCAUGGACGGUAUUUCAGGGCCUGCGCCCUGCAUGGUCGCGCAUGAGUCCGCGAAAACAGUCGAAAAGCCAGUCGUGUUUACAGAAGUCGGCUGGACGUCAUUCAUGGUCGCUUUUCUCAAGUGUGGCCGUAAAGACCUGGCUGCUCAAAUGUGGGAUGAUAUGAUCGGUCUAGACGUGCAGCCAGGAGUUUCGACAUGGACGGCGUACAUCGAUGCAUGUGACGGAAUCUCUGCGUACAACGAAGCCGUCGCAGGAUGGGGCAUGAUGCUCGAGCAAGGUGUGAAGCCAGAGGCUCUGUCAUAUCGCGCCAUCAUUUCUACCUACUUCAACGCUCGUCAGACGGACAAAGCCAUGGACGCGUUUCGGACAUUCCUCGAAGAUGCUGCCAAAGGAUCUCCAGAGCGUCAACAACUUGCAGUAUAUAAUACCGUCCUGCACGGACUCCUCAUCGCCGGACGGGUUGAUGAAGCGACUGCCACCUUCCAAAAAAUGGUCGACGAAGGGCCCAGACCAGACGUCGUAUCCUACAACACCUUCCUGAAGUUCUGGGCGCGGACGAGCAAUUUCAAGAUGCUCUCUUCGGUAAUGAACAACAUGGUCGCCGCCGGCAUCAAAGGCGACGUCUUCAGCUUCUCGACCAUCCUCUCGGCCCUUCUCAAAGUGGGCCGCGACGACGCACCGGAGCUCAUGAUCGCCCUCAUGCGCAAGCAGGGCGUCGAGCCCAACGUGGCGAUCUACUCCGCCAUCAUGGACCAGCAGCUGCGCGAGCAGACCGUCGAGGCCCUCCACACUGCCAUGCGGUUAUUACAAAGGAUGGAGCUUGAUCCGACCUCACAACCAAACGAAGUUACCUACACCUCCUUCUUGGCUGGUAUCUACCGCGGGUCGUGGCUUCCACCCGCCGUCGCGGAAGACUGGCGACGCAACAUCGUGGAUCGCAUGAAGAGGCGCGGGAUCAAGCUGAACCGAGUUACCUACCACAUCCUUCUGAAGGCCUGCCUGGAAUACCCCGAGCCCGAAGGUGUGGAAACCGCUAUGGUGUACUACAGGGAGAUGGUGAAGCAGAAGAUUCACAUCAUUUCUAUUACCUGGUACAUUUUGUUAUCCGGACUGCUACGACGCGGGGAGCUUGUGGCUGCGAACGAGAUCCUGGCAGACAUGGCGAGAUCUGGGGUCCAGCCAACUGGCGCUGUCGCCGAGUUAGUGUAUAAAGCAAGGAAGCGUGUUGGCAGGCGGGCUAUAGCCUGA